GCCUUAUUGAUAAUAUGAUCACCCAGAUGCCACCGACCGACAUUCCGAACUGGCAAUUGCCUCAACCCUUUCAGCUUUCCGGCUCGGAACCCCCAUCGUGGGUGGUUGUGUUUCUUUGCAAAGUCGACGACGAACAAUAUGAAAGAAUCCUCAGGAAGCUAUGCACACUGGAUAAAUCUCGGGAGGAUGCCCCGUCUGGCGAAAUGAGACGCCUGCUGCCGAUGCCAUGGAUUCGUGACUUCACUCCCCCGAUUUCGGUCAUUUUCGAGAUUUUCGAAGAAACCAAUUACACGGACGGGUUGAUCUUCAUCGACCAGCAAUCUCUGAAUGAUGACACAGUAGUUAUACUGAAUGGGUACUAUGGCCCAGAGCGCGUCGAAGCUGCCCGUGUCCCGAUGGACCGAGCCAAUUUGACUCUCAGCGCAUCCCAAGGGCGGUCCCUUGCGGCGGUCAUGCCGAAUUUCGAGGAAGCCAAGUUCGUCCGCGAUCAGAGAUCUCAAGACUGCCUAGGGGGGCAGUAUGAAAUGGUUCAUCAUCCUCCUCCGCAUAUUCCAGCGGACUUCGAGCCUAAACAAUCCACCUUGAGCUUGAUUUCCCUGGUCCAUCUGUCGGAAGAAGACAUCAACGGAAUUCUGUCCCAGCCGUGGACAAACGAGCAGAUUGAGAAUGUGCAGAUUAUGAACUGGCCUGCGGACGAAAAGCCGUGCUCUCGCGGGGACUUGUAUCGUAUCUUUCAAGCGGUCAAGACGCCGCGCUCUCACGACAUUGACCAGGCCUUCGCGAUGUUCAUCGAUGUCCUCGCCGAAGGAAGUGGACCCCGGAUUUUUCUUGCCCAAGAAUGGAAAAAGGAGAAUGAACGAGGUGAUAACAACAUUCAGCUGUCUCGCAUGGAAGAUCUAAGGGAUGCCAUGGAAAUCUGGCAUAUGGUCUGGAAUCCGUUUCCCAACGAUCGACAGGGUGGCGGUGUUUGGUACAACGAUUUCAAAGUCAAUGCCAACCUCUUUUACUCAAAGAGACUGGACGGCGAGUUUGAGAGAAUCCAAAAUCCGGACGAAUUCACUUUAUCCUAUGACUGUUGUUUGGUGUUUGUGCUGGAGAAAAUGCCCGAGAAAGAGGUGAGGUCGCUGUGGGAGAGUGUGCCUUUGGAAAUCGAGCAGGGCGUGCAGUUUCUCGACGUGUCCCAUCUCAUCAAGACUCCCGAUAUGGAAGGACUGAUGGAAUUCUUUGAGUCGAAACAAUUCCUUCUGACUGGGCAGAGGCCCCCUCGAUACUUGCUCGCAGUGGAUCGUCGGUCACUAGAGGCCGCCGAUGGAGACGACGAGGAUGCUGCUUGUAUCUUCAUUGCUGCACGAAAGGAUGUGAACUUGAUUUUAGAGAAGCCACACGAAGUGGUAAUGCGGGAAGGACACGAAUUAUAUGGUUGCCAUUGUCUAGGCUACGAUUACGACCGACUUGAUGUCUGCAGCGCAUCGGAGGCGGCGACCGACCUAGACUGUCAGAACAUAGAAUCAUUUGAGAUUUCCGAGAAGGUCAAAACGCCUGCCGUCACAAUCUCAAACGGAACGCUGUUAGGCUCUCAGAACGCAAAUUACAACCAGGACUUUUUCCUCGGGAUUCCUUAUGCCCAACCUCCCGUAGGGGAUCUUCGGUACAACCACCCGAAGCCAAUCAACGCAUCGUGGGAUAACCCCCGGGAUGCCACUUCCUACGGGUUUUGGUGCCACUCGGCCCCCAUGUCACUACCAGGCUUCUCGCGACACGGGUUCCUGCAUGAGGAGGAUGAAGAUUGCUUGACCCUCAACGUUGUGCGCCCAUCAAAUAUCGAUUCAUCUGUAAAACUCCCCGUUCUCGUGUAUAUCUACGGGGGUGGUCUUCAGGAAGGUGGCAGUGCAGACCAGCGAUAUAACAUGUCAUUCGUUGUUCAAGAAUCCGUGAACACGGGACUCCCCACGAUCGGAGUUAGCUUCAACUACCGCGUGUCUGGCUUCGGCUUUCUCUCCGGUCGCACGAUCAACGAGUCGGGUCUUGCCAAUCUCGGACUAUACGACCAACGCCUGGCACUCCACUGGAUCCAGGAAAACAUUGCCGCGUUUGGUGGCGAUCCGUCGCGAGUGACGAUCCAGGGAGAAUCAUCGGGAGCGCUGUCGGUUGGAUACCAUCUCCUGGCAUAUGGCGGUCGCAACGACGGGCUGUUUCGUGCCGCUAUCGCCCAAAGUGGCGCUCCUCUCAUUUCGGCUGCGCUGGCAUCGUUGGAUGAGCAGGACGCCAUGUACAAUGCUGUCCUGAAUGCUACUGGCUGUGUGGGUGUCAAUGAUGGUCUCGGGUGUUUGCGACGCACCCCGGCAAACUUGUUGAAAGCCGCGUUUCAACAAAAGUUCUUCUUUCCUGUCAUGGACGGCAACAUGAUCGCCGGAUUUUCUUCCCGGGCUCUUGAAAAAGGAGAGUUCGUGAAAGUUCCGUUGUUGAUUGGGACGAACACCAAUGAAGGAACGGGGUAUAUUGCUUCUGGGUCCUUCGGCGCCGUCAACAGCCGUGAUGACUUCCUGGGCGUAAUAACGGGCUUUGGGCCUGGAAAGUAUCUUUCGAAUGAGACACUGAUUGGGAUCAUAAAUGAGUAUCUAGAAAACAUGUCACUGGAAGAGGUCCAAAAGGAUCUAGAAACCGUUCUCAUCUCGCCAGAGGCGAAGUACGGAACACUCUAUGGACAAAGCACCCUGUACCUCACAGACUAUCUCUUCAAUGCCCCGAAACGACAUAGUGCGCGCAUAUGGGCCCGUCAAGGGCUCCCUAUUUACAGCUACCGAUUUGAUAUUGUUCCAAACGGCAUCUCGCCUGAAGUACUUGGCGUUUGUCACUUCCAAGAUGUUGCCUUUACUUCUCAGAAUACGCUUGGCGUUGGCUACGAGACUCCUCCAGUAGCUUCGACAGAUAAACAGACAGAGAAAGAAUACCGGGAUGCCAGUAUUUUGAUGAGUCGAAUGUGGUUGAGCUUCGUGAAUACAUUAUCUCCGAAUUAUUUUCACAAGAGCAAGUCAGACUUUGUCUGGCCCACUUACCAGGAUGAUUCCG